UCGAAGUUGAACGACGAUUUUCCAUCAGUUAGUGCUACAGAUCCACAUUGGUCGGACAGUUGUAUUGGAUACACUAAAAGUACUUUCUCUAGAAUGGAAUACGGUUGAAUAAUUCAGAAUGACUUGGAAUUUCGUUAAUUUAGGAAUAUAUAUAGAAAAUUGAAAAGGUUUCUGUUAAUUUUCAUCCGCUGUAAACUGAUAUUGGUGCUGAUACUAGACGACUCAUCGACCAUUCCAAUAAUCUAGCCAUGAGGCUUCAUGGCAGGUUCAUUAUUCAAAUCUCAAUACUAGGUUUUGUCCUGAUUGACUAUGUUCGUUCAAACAAAUACACAAAUACUUGGGCUUUACAUAUUGAAGGAGGUGAGGCAGUCGCAAGAUCCUUGGCUCGAAAGCAUGGCUUUAUUUAUGUAGACCAGAUUAUGCCAGAUUAUUAUGCAUUUCAACACAGAAAGGUAGCAAAGCGGUCAAUUUACCCAAGUUCUUAUCAUCACCGUUCUAUAGUCCAAGAAGCUAAUGUGAAAUGGUUGGAACAGCAAGUUGUGAAGAAACGGGUCAAACGGGACCGAUAUUAUACAAGCAGCCAAAACUUCAAUAGAAAUUUCAACGACCCCAAGUGGAAGGAUAUGUGGUAUCUGCAUGGCGAGGAUCUAAAGAAGAGAGGAAGUGGGCUGGACAUGAAUGUAAUGGGUGCCUGGGAGCAGGGGGUGACAGGGAAGAGGGUGGUGGUAACUAUACUGGACGAUGGCAUAGAGAAGGACCACCCAGAUCUCAUGGACAACUAUGACCCUGACGCAAGCUUUGAUGUGAACUCUCAUGAUAAAGACCCUCAGCCUCAUUAUGACUACACCAAUGAAAACAGGCAUGGAACACGGUGUGCGGGAGAGGUAGCUGCCAAAGCCAACAACAAUGUCUGUGGUGUGGGGGUAGCUUACAACGCUAGGAUUGGUGGUGUGCGGAUGUUGGACGGUGAUGUAACAGAUUCAGUGGAGGCUCAGUCCCUCAGUCUCAGGAACAACCAUAUAGAUAUUUACAGCGCCUCCUGGGGGCCGGACGACGACGGACGCACCGUGGACGGGCCUGCCACGCUGGCCAGGAAAGCCUUCUACGAUGGAAUCACCAAGGGUCGUGGUGGUCGGGGGUCGAUCUUCGUGUGGGCGUCGGGCAACGGGGGUCGGGAUGGGGACAGCUGUAAUUGUGACGGCUACACCAACAGUAUCUACACACUGUCCAUCAGCAGUGCCACAGAAAACGGCAACAUCCCCUGGUAUUCCGAGGCGUGCUCCUCCACCCUGGCUACCACCUACAGCAGUGGCUCUGGGGGCGAGAGACAGAUCGUAACCACAGACCUAAGGAAGAUCUGCACGGUCAAUCACACAGGGACCUCAGCUAGUGCCCCCCUGGCCGCAGGGAUUUGUGCCCUGGCCCUGGAGGCUAAUCCGACGUUAACAUGGAGAGACAUGCAGCAUAUAGUCGUCAACACAGCCAGAAAGGCAAAUCUGGACCCUCGUGUUUGGACCACAAAUGGAGUGGGAAGACAAGUGAGCCACUCGUUUGGUUUUGGCUUAAUGGAUGCCGGUGCUAUGGUCCGCCUUGCCCGUAACUGGACCUCGGUCCCUCCUCAGCACAUCUGUGAGAUCGCAGGAUCCCAGGAACGCAACAAGCCAAUUCCAAUGAACGGCAAGUUGGUGAUCACUCUGGACACAGACGGCUGCAAAGGCACCCCAAACUAUGUGAGAUAUCUCGAGCACGUUCAGGCUCGAAUCACUCUCACAGCUGACAGGCGAGGGGAGGUUGUGAUCUACCUAACCUCGCCCAGUAACACGAGAUCCACCCUCCUUGCUCGUCGAGAGCGCGAUUACUCCCGGGAGGGGUUCAACAACUGGGCCUUCAUGACCACACAUAACUGGGGGGAGGAGGCCGAAGGCAGAUGGUUCCUGCAGAUUGAGAAUGGGGCCAGUUCAUUCAGUAAUGCUGAAAUGAGGGACUGGGUUUUAGUAUUAUACGGCACGGAGACCAACCCUCAGGACAUGCCCACCACGCCCACCACGACCACCACCAUCUCCCGCAACAACCCCAAAAAGCGCCACGAAGAUGGUGUGUCUCGUAGUGAAUCAUCUGAAAGUCCUGUUGUUAAAACAGGGACACAUCCAAUUUCAAAUAAUUAUCCAAAACGCAUCAUAAAUUACCCCAAACCAAAGUACUAUGAUGAUUAUAAUUACUAUGGCAACCAUCAAUCGCAUGAAAAUCACACUUGCAUUUUUGAGACUUUGGCCAAGAAAAACAACAUGUCCACUGGUGAAUAUUUGCGGAUGGUGCGAUCUAAUCUGUCUAAAUCUGAAGGGUUCGACACUAACGGUAGACCGGCGGCCCGAGUCCACCAAAAUUUGGGAAGGUCCACCAACAGUUCAGCUGAGAUAAAGGACUGGAGACUGACAAUGUAUGGGACAGAGAAACACCCCCAGAGUCAGAAUGUGUCCCAACCAGUCUACCGCAAGCACGUCAACAAAUGCCCAGAGGGCACCUGCUUUGAAUGCAAAGUAGGAUUUUACAAACACAAGGAUGAGUGUGUUGCAACUUGUCCAGAACAGUUUUACGGUGACAUAGAAACAGUUGUGUCGCGAAGAAACUCCUCAAGAAAGACCAAAAAAGAGCCUAUUUUUUUCAGACAAGGGGCUUGCAAUCCUUGCAAUGAGGCCUGCAAUACAUGUAAAGGCCCAGAUCUAGAGGACUGCUUUCAGUGCAACAAAGGCUACGAGCUCCGGGAUAAUCUGUGUCGCAAGAAACUGAUCAUGAAUUUCUUGGACCCUGACAUGUUGAGUUUCUUUGUCUGGGUCAUCAUCCUAUGCACCUCCGCCAUUCUGUUGUUUGGAGUCAUCUUCAUCAUCUUGCAGGCAAGGGACCACAGAAUUCUGUGUUGGAAGGAGAAGAGACAUUUGGAUGAGGGUAAAGGCAAAUACAAUGGGGUCAAGUCAGUCAGUGAGGGCAAGAAAGAGCGCGACCACUUAAAUGUGGUGGUCAGGAAUGUUCAUUACCGGCACGAUGACAAUGACUUUAUGCUAAAUAGGCCGUUACCUCCACUUCCUGUUUCCCAUCAUGCCGUUUCCCACCACACAAGACAUUAUCAUCCAUUCAGAACUUAGCUGGUGUCACCAUCAGAACACUGUAUGUUUAUGUUCUAGUGUUCACAUUUGUCUGCUGAAAUCAAACCCUACUGCCAAGAACGAUUCAGUUUUGUGGAUCAGUGUGAUGCCAAAAAAAAAAAAAAAUUGUUCUCUCAGACUUGAGUUUAUAGAACAAGCACAGUUUUCAGGUUUUUUCGCAUGUAUUAAAUAGUGAAAGGGCACCUUGUGAAAGAAGGCGGUUCUUCAUAUUAGCAUAGUGAGGGUUGUGCAAUUCUUCUGCUGAGUAUAUUAUCCAACAACUUCAAUUGUCAGGUUGUCUCAAUCACAUUAAGUUAUGCUUUUUACUGUUUUAUACUUUGUAUAGAUAUUUAUUGUUACAGUUAAUGAGAAUUUUUUUUUGUUUCUUUCACAUGAUAAUAUGACUUGAAUGUUUGUUAUUUUAACUUAUUGGCCAAUUGCGGACCAUUCUUGCGUUAUAUGUUAAUUACCGCACCAAGAAUACGUCUGUCGUGCUAGACUACUUCUUGUCAGUGCUAAUAUGUGGCUCAGUAUUGAAAAUUAGGGCCUUUGGUCAGUAGCAUCUCAUAACAUGUAUAUGUUUCAUCAACUUCAUUUUCAACAUUAACUGAUUAUUCUGUGUUAAUGAAAUAUUUAUAAUAAACAUUGGUAUUUGAUUAUAAAAGAUGCUUGAAGUUCGAUAUUGCCUUCUUCAUCAAUCUUUCAGCAUCGCCUAAAUUUGCUUUAAAAAAAUAUAAAAAUUGAGAAAAAAAAAAUAAGAUUUUAAAGUCUGAAAACCUUAAAAUUAGAGUUCAUUUUGAAACUGAAAUGUUUGACAAUGGAGAUACAAGUGUUAGCUAGGUGAGAGAGGUUGUUACAUGUACAGAUGUUCAACAAAAGAAACCUGUAUCAAUUUUUGUGAAUGCACAAUUUGUACUGUGUAUACAUGUACAUAAUUUUAAGAGUUUCUGUAACUCAAAGUCUCAUUUGCAGGUGUUCACUUGAUGAUAGUUAUCUGUUUUUUUGUAUUGUGGUGUUUCAUAUGAAAGUGUGUAUGUGUGUGUGGUUGUUUCCCUUAGGCCAGUCUGUUUUUCAAUUUGCAAAUUUUGACAAAUUUUGAUAAACAUGGCUAUACGUAUAUGUACCUAUCUGAGUUUGAAUAUUUUCUGUUCACCUGUAGUAUCUAUGAAAUCCCACCUUUCACUCAGAACAAACACAAAUGUAUUAACUCUCUUCUUAAUCACAGUUUUCGGAGAAGGAAAAUGACGGCAUUAUUUAUAUUGUAUGUAUUUAAUUCUUUUCACAUAUGUCUAUAAUACAGAAAUAUCUUGCACAAAUGGAUCCUAUAUUUCACAUGGAAACUUUUUUCAUUGUUAUAUAAAUCUUUGUUUCAGGGAUAAAUUAUACAUGUACAUGUAGUUCGUGAAAGACCCUUUGUCUCUGGUAUAUAUGCAGUGUGUUGAAUUGCACGUAACACAAGUGACCCAUGCAAUUGAAAAGUGGCCUUACUCUACCCAAUGGUCAAAAACACCAGAAAAUGUGUGUAUGUAAGAGUAACCACUCUAUUUAUGGGAAGACUAUGAUUUUCCAAGUAUUAUCUAUUUUAUUUCAAGGAUGAGACAAACUAAUACAUGUAUCCACAAGUUGUACGUAGAAAAUUGGUCUGAAGCAGCCAUAAAUACACGUAACACAAAAAUGUACAAUUUCGUUAUUUUAAUUUUUUGGGGGGAGGGGGGUAAAUAGAUAUCAAGUCUUGAUAAGAUGUAGGGAGAAAAAGUCUUAAAAUUUUAUAGAGGAGUAUACUCAAGCAAGUGUAGUUGUAAUAUUGAUGACAAAAAAAUCAUUUUUAGUUUGAAUGGGGGUUUUUAUUGACCAUACUUGCACAAUUCCUUAAUUUUUGGCAAGUGUCACUUAAAUUGAUGGCAUUAUUUUAUUAUUUUAUGAUUUCCUAAUUAUAUUUCUUGAAAUUUCAAAGACUCAUUUCUACAUUGGUUUCACAAACAUAUCAUUUGUGUGAUACAGUAUGCAGCAUUAAUUACUUAAUUGAAAUGUUUGGAGGUGUUUUUUUGAUUAAUUGUUUUUUCUUUCAGUCAUACAAUUUACCCUAUUUACCCUCUUAUUUCAUCUCAUAUUUUUUCCUCGUAUAGAUGAAUUUUUAACUCAGCUGCAGAUUGUGGCUCAACAUGAAAUUUCUGGUUGACAGGUUGAAGACAUACAUUUUUUCAAAAAGUAAAAAAAACCCAAAAAACUUGCACUUUACAUUAAACAAAAAUUUGCUUUAGUUUUAGACUUAUUAACUUGAAUUUCAUGUAGAUACAUGUAUAUUCUGUAUUCAGAUAUGCAGCUAAGGUGAACUGAUUAAAACAAAGUCAGAUUGUUAUAUUUGAAUGAAAUAAUGCUCCAUUUUUUCUUUUUCAUUCUCUGACUGAUUGUAAACCUAGUGCUUCAAUAUGAUGCCACUGAAUAUUGGUAUAUCUUUACUAAUUUAUUAAAUUAAUGAAAACGUUCAAUUCUGUUUGAACUUUUUCAUGAGGUCACAAUGACCAUAGCACACAACUAUUGCUUGUCACUUGGAUUUUUGUAAACAUGAAAUCUCGGUAAUUUUAACAAUUCUGAGCAAUUUGCCUUUUCCAAAUGUAAAUAUAAAUAAUUAACAGCAAUAUUAAAUUUAAACGUUCACCAGGAUAUGAGCUUGGUUGGUACGUGAUCAAAUCUUCUGGAUUUGAUCAUGAGACCAUAUUUCUUUGUUUGAUCAUGUGACCAAGCAAGUUCAUAUUCUGUUGAACUACUUAACUUGCAUUUUAUUUCUUAAAUGAAAACCGUCAGUACAGAAAGGUUAUGAAUGUAAAUAAAUCAUCAGAACUUUCAAAGAUGUUAAGAAAGGUAAAGAAAAUCAAAAGCUAAAAUAGCUUAUGAAACAUUUUUGGUCUAAAAUUCCUAGCUCUCAUUUGUAAAACUUGUAUAUAUAGUCAUCUUUUAGAUUGAACUGCAUCAAUGGUACCUAAAAUAACUAUAACUGUGUGAAGAAAUAAAGUACUAGAAUGUAAAGUUUUGAUAAUUUUUUGUUUUCUUAGCUUUCAAUAAUCUUUUUUUUUUCUGUAUGUCAUUGAGUGAAAAAAUCAUUAAGUACAGAACCUGAAACAAAAAUUAAUGUAUGUGUUGUAUUUCAUAAUUACAAGUGACAUGUAUUGACAAUUUGUUCAUGCAAUGUAGAUUGAUCUGCCUCAAAUUGUAGAAUAUUUCAAAGUGUUACACGUUACAUAUUGAUAAUUUUCUUAAAUUAAAUUCUUUUUGAAUUUAAUGUUUGAUGUCUACUUCAUUAGUGUAGGAAUAUUUAAAACACUUCAUUAGUUGAUGUUACAAAUUAAAUUUUACUUCGCUUCACUUUUACUUGAAACUUGGGGAAAAGAUACUUAGUUGAAAUUGAAUAUUUCUCUUUAGGGAGUUAUCCCACUAAAAGUCAAAUCUAAUAUUCUUCCAUGCCAGCUGAUAAAACAAACCUCAAGGAAAACUCAAAUGUUUGAUUUAAUUGAUGAGUGGGAGAACGAAUUUUUGAAGUUGAUUGCAGUAGAUGAAAUUACCAUUUCAUGUCCUAACUUUGAUAUUUGAUUUGAAUGUGAGCAAAAACUGUUUCUUGUCUUUAAUAUAUAUGAAUCUCUGCACAAUUAGAAGUUGAGCUCUUUGAAACAUAACACUGUAUGUAUGUAAGUGUGUAUAUAAUACAUUUAGAAAAAGUUGAUUAUUUAGAAGCUCAAUAUUGACUUCAUUGUAAUAAAUAUGUCAUGUUGGAGGUUUCUUAUUUUUUAUUUACUGAUGUUUUAAUAUCCUUCAUACCUUGAAACUAAGAGAUGUAAACAUAUUUCAUUAAUUCUUGUCAACUAAUUAACACAAGUUCAAGUGAAAUUUACAUUAUCUAAUAAAAACGCGAUUGACAUUAAAAAUCUUUGGGGAGGUAUGUUUAGACGUUCAAAAGUUCAAAUGAUCUCGGUAGUAGUAUAACAUUGGCAGGUAUAAAGAAAUGAAUUUAGUUGAAUAGAGUAUCAAUAUCGUCAGAUAUUCCUGUCUAGUCACCAAGACCUUUGAAAGGGUUGCUAUUAAAAUUUCAUGAUCUGAUAUUUCAUAAAUGAAAGCUGGCAUUCUGAGGAUCUCCCAUUUCAGACCAUGGGAGAUAUGGUUCUCGGGUAAUCCAUUUUCUGUGUAAUUUCACGUCUCCAUCAGAGUAGUUUCUGCAGAAAGAAAUUGGUUAAAGUUAUUAAAUGAAGUGUCAAAUGAAGAGGAAACAUAUUGAAGAUUUUUUUUUUCAUUGCGUGGUUUGUCAAAGAAAACCAGGAGAAUUAUUGUACAUCAGGAUUGAGGAAUAAAAUUUUUGAGAAUUAAAGACGAGUGAAGAAAAUAAAAACAAUGAAAGUAAGGGGAAAAACUAGUGUUUUAUGUUUUGACACAAAAUUAAUGUUUGCAGCUUGGUAAACAUAACAUGUAUGUAACAAAUCUAUUGUGUAUGAGUUUUAACCUGUAAAUUUGAUUUUUGUAAGAUGUUUUGAUUUCUAUGAAAUUGAGACUUGUCAAUGUUAGCUGUUUACAUGUUCAGCUAAUUUUUUUUUCUUUUUUCUUUUACAUGUUAUAACUAUGGUCAGUAUGUUGAGCAAUAAAAAAUAGUUCUUUAAUUAUUA